AUGCAUUUCCUUUCUGGGUUGUCUUCCACCAGGUUGCAACAGAGGGUUGGGUUUGAGAUGGGGAAGAAGACGAAAGAGGAGCACGACGAUGGGGGCAUUUGUUGUCGAAAGCGGCCCAUUGGGAGGAAGAUCGAUCGAAUCGAACUAGAGGACGAAGUCGCGAUUAAGGAAUUGCCGCUGAUCUCACUUCGUCUCGUCACCGAUCUCACUUCGUCUCGUCGCCGAUCUCACUUCGCCUUGUCUCUCUGUUCUUGUUCUUGCUCACAAGAGGUCUUACAGAAAGAGGAGCACGACGAUGGGGGCAUUUGUUGUCGAAAGCGGCCCAUUGGGAGGAAGAUCGAUCGAAUCAAACUAGAGGACGAAGUCGCGAUUAAGGAAUCGCCGCUGAUCUCACUUCGUCUCGUCGCCGAUCUCACUUCGCCUUGUCUCUCUGUUCUUGUUCUUGCUCACAAGGUGGGUAAGAGUGAACUUGGGCGUCAAUCCUUCGCCUUUGUUCGUUUGGGCUCUGAGAAUGACGAGGACUUGAGCCCCACUUUUCUCGCGGGUCCCUAUGAGGGUUCCGUCGCUAAGGGUCUAAGUCUGCUAUGGACAGAACAAAAGGUAAAUUCUCGCGCCUCUUAUUCCCCUUUGGAGUUUGUCCGUCCACAGCAGACUGAGACAAAUCUUCGUUGUACGCCAUUGAAACUAGGUGAAGGAAAACUUAGUAAAGAGAGGAGAGAGAGAGAGGGGAAGAAGAGGGCUGCGAGCCUCACCGCCCGCCGUCGUCGCCUCGCUGCCAGCUCGUCGCAGCAGCAGCAGCAACUCCAGCUCCGACCGCCGUCUCCGCCUCUGGCCCCGCCUCCACCUCCUCCUCCCCCUGUGAUUAGGACCCCCUCCAGUCCUCCUCCUCCUUCCUCUUCCUCCUUCCCCUCCUCCUCCGCUUCUCCUUCUUCCUCUUUCUUCUGA